AUGCGCGAAGGCGAGGGACCUAGUCCAUUCCUCGACUUAGAUAUCGAUAUCUUAACUGGAGAGACCCGCGUGGACUAUAAACUCUUCAGAAAACCCUUCAAUCACUUCAUGCGCAUACCAUGGGAAAGCUCACAUCCGAUCAUCGUAAAACGUGCCAGAUUUCAAGGAGAGCUAACCCGGAUAGCCACCUGCUCGUCUCGGAAGGAAUUCUACAAAACGGCAGUAGCAGAGUACGUGGAACUACUCACCGCGCGUGGCUAUCCUCGUCAAGUGUUACAUUCUUGGACACAAAAUGAAGUCGAAAAGAGAUGGGGCCUCGCCAAAGAUAAAAAAGAAUCUGAACCACAAAGGCUCGCCCCGAUAAUCUUCAAGACGGAAUACAAUGACGUAUGGAAUGGAGUUGACAUUAACAGUGUCAAGGCUACGAUACUGGAGACAUGGAAUGAGCUGACAGCGACGGAUACCACCGAUCGCAAAUUCGCAGAAGCCAUCCGUGUUCAAAGGUUCAUAAUAUCGUACAAGAGAACACGUAACCUCCAAGACGACGUGUCUAUUCUUAACGCCAAACUUUCUCGAAUGCACAUAGAUGACUUCAGAGAAAUUGUUGAUCGGGGUGCAAACGACCUCGCAGACCUAUUCGUUGCUCAAAGCCGGGAGGACGAUAGGUUAACUGAUGAAGACGAUAUAAUGUACCAACCUCUAGUACCCUUUCGCGAGGCGAACGACAGUGGAGCUGAAUAA